UCUCGAUUAGAGAGAACGGAGGGAACGACGGCGGUCGCCGUCCGCUUCAGGCGCAGGAAAGACGGAGCGCCGCCGGUGGGCCUGGCGAGGAAAGUCGAGGGGAGGAGGAACACUUGAGUCUCCGAGGAUACCAACUACCGGGUGAGCCAUGUUUUGGAAGUUUGAUCUGCACACGAGUUCGCACGUGGACACGCUGCUGGAGAGAGAAAAUGUCACCCUCUUCGAACUGCUCGAUGAAGAGGACGUGCUGCAGGAGUGCAAAGUGGUCAACCGAAAACUAAUAGAUUAUUUGGUGCAGCCUCAACACAUGGAAGAAUUGGUCAACUGCAUCACACAGGAACCUUCUAGUGACACAGAUGAGAAGAUUCGCUAUAAGUAUCCAAGUGUUUCUUGCGAGAUUCUGACCGCAGACGUAUCCCAAAUAAACGAUGCAUUAGGAGAGGAUGAGUCUCUACUUAAGCGUCUUUAUGGCUUCUUACAAACCAACGAGGACUUGAAUCCUUUAUUGGGUAGCUUCUUCAGCAAAGUAAUGGGCAUUCUAAUUAACCGCAAAACAGAACAGAUUAUCGCCUUUCUUCGAAAGAAGGAUGACUUUGUGAGCUUGUUAUUACAGCACAUUGGUACCUCUGCCAUCAUGGAUCUCUUGCUGCGCCUGCUGACGUGUGUGGAACAGCCUCAGCUUCGACAGGAUGUUUUUAAUUGGCUAAAUGAAGAGAAAAUUGUGCAAAGAUUAAUUGAAAUGAUCCAUCCUUCUAAAGAUGACAAUCAACAUUCCAAUGCUUCACAGUCUUUAUGUGACAUUAUUCGGCUGAGUCGGGAGCAGAUGAUCCAGAUCCAAGAUAGUCCUGAUCCAGAUCAGCUAUUGGCAACACUGGAAGAGCAAGAAACUAUUGAGCAGCUCCUGAGCAACAUGUUUGAAGGGGAACAUAAUGAAUCUGUGAUUGUCAAUGGAACUCAAGUGCUUUUAACUCUGCUGGAGCCACGCAGACCAAGGUCUGAACUAGGAGGAAUGAGCGGUUUCUACUGCAAUCUAGAUGGCCAGUUAGAGAUAAAUGCUGCUGGGUUAGAUUCUACUUCCAACACCCAGGCUAGCUUGGGCACCCUGCUUGCCAUAAAGGAGCACCUACACCAGUUCCACCAGCUCCUCAUAGACCCACCUAAGAAACAAAGCCUACAAGCCACAUGGGGCGUCCUUGAUCCACCCCUGGGUAAUACUCGACUUCAUGUGGUGAAAUUGUUGGCUAGCAUAAUCAAUGCAAACAAUAACGUGUUAAAUCAAGAGCUGAUUGAGCUGGACACUCUGAACACCAUGCUGGACCUUUAUUUCCAAUACAUGUACAAUAAUUUCCUGCAUGCACAAGUAGAGGUUUGCAUCACCACCAUUUUAAAUUCAUCUCCUUUGGAAGAAACCAUUGAAGAUGAGGCGCAAGGCAGCCCUCUUGUCAGAUACCUGCUGCAAAAAUGUCACCUCGUCCAGAGAAUUUUGUCCGCAUGGGAAGAAAACGACAAGGAACAAUCAGAAGGAGGGCGACGCAGAGGGUUUAUGGGCCAUCUGACUAAAAUCGCAAAUUCAGUUGUACAGAGUUCUGAAAAAGGACCAAAUGUGUCUCUAGUUGGGCAGCUGAUAAAAGAUCUUACUGAUGAAGAACAGGAACAUUGGGAUGGUUUUGUAACUGGAUCCCUUACAGAAACAAAUAAGAAGAAUACCAUUGACCUUAUUAACAUGCGAAACAUGCACUCCUCAAGUGAUGACGAAGACAGUGACCUGAAAGAAUUCAGCUUUCCCCAGGAGGCAGUGCUUCAGCAGGCUUUUGUGGAUUAUCAAAUGCAGCAGAUGACAUCUGCCUUUAUCGACCACUUUGGAUUCAAUGAUGAAGAGUUUGGAGAGCAAGAAGAGAAUGUCAAUGAGUCCGAAGCGCAACAGAAACUAGAGGACGGGGAAAAAGGAAAUGCUUUGUGCCGUGGGUUUUCCCUGGUCGAUGAUCUAGCUAAAGCCCUCCUGUGCCUGCAGAAAAAAGAACUGAGGCUGAGUUUGCAUCAUGCCACCCUAGUGCAAUACAUUAAAGCUAAGCGGAUCCCAAGAGGACUGCGCUCUGGACUUUCCCCUAAACUGUGUGCUGAUGAUCCUAUACUGUUACAAGGCUGGGAAGAAAUCAGCAAUCUGUAUAGCCUAGAGCUGAUGACUCUUACUAUUGAGCGCCUGCAAGCCAAACUGCUUAGCGUGAAGGAGAAUAUCAUGAAGCUUAAAAAAGACCUUGACACACAAUGCAACAAAGUGGAUUUUGGCCUUAUACUUACCGAGCACAAUGAAAUCUUGAAUAAACUUCGCCAGAGUAUCAUAUCUCGGAAGCUGCAGAAGUUUGAACGCGAUACAAGAGACUAUCACUUAAACCGCGUUUACAUGUGGAAAGAGGAGCAGAUACGACAGCACUCAGAGAACCUACCUGGAACGGUGGGACCUCACAGCCAGUCUAGUCGUCUCCGUUCGUCGUCCUUUCAAGCCAGCAGUGAGACAGACUCACUAAAUAGAUCCAAGCCUGCAUUUUUCUCGGAUGAAUGGCUUUGGUGCCGUAGAGCCAAGGCAGCAGAUAUGUUUUCAGUACAUCCCUCAAGCUAAGAUUUAGGAGAAAACCCCAAAAAGGAAUUUGUUACAUAGGAGGUAAUUCAUUGUGAUUUGUGUCUUUCCCCAUGAACUUACUUAAGCAGAGUGAGCUGCAAUUGGUUCCAUAUCCAAAUAGAAUAAGGUAGUGUUGACCAACGUAUCAACUUUUAAACAGACUGCCUUCAAUCGCAAACCCCCAUUGAUUACUUUGGGCUUCCUCCAUAGACUGGGGUGUAAUCCAAAACCAAAUUGGAAUGCCUGUGAGUUUAUCUUCCCGCUGAGAGGCCCCAUGUCAGUGGUCAGUAAUGCCAAAACAUGUCUUCAGGUAGUGGUAGUAGCCAGUGCCCAGAUCCCUGUGGUGCUUUUGAUCACUGUCAUUGGCCGAGACCUGCAGCUGGUCAUGGUCAAAUCACAGAUCUGUAGAAAAGAGAUGUUCAAGAGCAUGAAAAGAUCUCUAGUUCUGCAGUACCCUGACAUUCUUUGUAUAUAUAACUCCAUGCCUCAACAUUAAGUUGGGGCAAGAUUGGUAAAAUUAUAAAUCCCAUAACGUUCAAGAGAGAUGAAGAAAAUUCAGUUCUUUAGGGAAUACACAUAGGCUAGAGAACUAAUGCUUAUCUCUAGAUGAUGAAUGGCAUAUCCAGUUUGGAGCCAUAGCUUUGACUUUGUUCACGUAUGGGGUAGAUCUUCUACUGCGCCAUGUCAUUGCAAAGUUUGGAUUGUGUUUGCCAUACUAACAUCCUUUUCUUCUCUAAUGCAGACUCUGAACUAAUUAAAAUUGUGCAUCCAGAGAACACUGAUGUAGGGUAUUUUCCUAUUUAAGAAAUAUAUGUACUGUAGGAAUCCUAACACUAGGAGGCAAGUGUGUUUCACUGUGUGUUGGAUUUGCUCAGAUGGGCCUGAUGUUUGUUUUUCCCUAUUUAUUUACUGACUGGGCUUUGCUCUAUUGAAAAAAAUGGACAUAGAUUACAAUUGGUUAGAAACUGAAGUUUUGUUUUUCUUGUGUUUUUUUUUUUAACCACGUGUCUUGGUUUUAUAGGUGUCUGUCAAAGUGUUCUGUUUCACUUAAUAAAAUGGCUGCAGCUUGAA